CCCGCGCCCUUGGCCGUGGUCUUGGUGUCCGCCGACCGCAGCGCCCAGGAGAUGCACGACUUCCUGCGCCAGCUGCCCGGCGCCUGGCUGGCGCUGCCCUUCCACGACCCCUGCCGGCUUGAGCUGAGGACCAGGUACCACAUCACAGCCACCCCCAAGCUUGUGAUCCUGAAACCCAGUGGGGAGGUCAUCACCUACAAAGGGCGCAAGCAGAUCCGGGAGCAGGGGCUGGCCUGCUUCCAAAACUGGGUGGAGGCCGCUGAAGUCUUUCAGAACUUCUCCGGGUGAAGCAGGGGGUCUCCAGGGAUCAGGACAGGAGUGGGACACACCAGCUGCUGCGGCAAGAACUUGGGAGAAGGGGCAGGUGGCUCAGUGUGUGUCAGAGCAGCGCCAGCUGCCAGGGAAACGGCUCAGCGUGCCCUCCGCCUGCUCCCGAGCCUGCCUAUAGCUGCUUUUAUUCUUAGCGUGGCUUUCUCCACUUGCACUUAUCUGUGUUUGCACCGAGCUAUUGGAAAUCUAUGCAAAACAUGUACUGACACAGGCUCUUCACGUAAUGUAUUAAUUGAUAUAUUUUCUAGAGAUCUACUUAUUGUAAGGACAUACUUUCACGUGUGCAUUUAUUACUAAAGUUUGCAGAAUCCAUAUGCUUUAAUAAACCUGUUUCCUCCAGA